AUGUUUCUUCGAAACCAUCCAACGUUGAAAUUUCUUCGAAAUUACCAUAGACCUACCAUCUACGCUCUAUCAACGAAACCAGGACGUGCAGCAAUCUCUGUGAUUCGAAUUCUGGGCACACAGGCCCAGUAUGUCUAUAAUCAACUUACCAACACCAAGAAGUCACCUAUAUCCCAACGUGCAAGUGUCCGGAAGCUCUACGGGUCGCAAGGGAUGCUCGACGAGGCGCUCACAUUGUUUUUUAAAGGUCCCAAUACUUUCACAGGUGAGGAUAUCCUCGAGUUGCAUGUUCAUGGAGGAAAUGCCAUUGUGAAGGGAGUUUUGGCAGCCAUCAAAAAACUUCACGAUGAAGGCUCACAGAUAAACAUCCGCUAUGCCGAUCAUGGAGAGUUCUCACAGAGAGCAUUUCUUAAUGGCCGUUUUGAUUUGACGGAAGUAGAGGGAAUCCGAGAAAUGAUUGAUGCUGAAACAGAGUCACAGAGAAGAUCUGCUCUAGCAUCCAUGACGGGAGGAAACAAGCGAAUCCUCGAAAAAUGGCGUGGCGACAUUGUAAACAAUGUUGCUUUAUUGACCACUGUAAUUGACUUUGGCGAAGAACACGAUGUGGAAGAGACUGAGCAGCUAUUCUCUGAUGUGGAGAAGAACAUCGAUGGCCUCAUUAGUGAAAUUACUGGUUAUCUCCAGAAAGUCAAGGGUUCAGAAAUCUUGCUCAAGGGUAUCAAGGUAAGUCUUUUGGGGCCUCCUAAUGCUGGCAAGCUGUCAUUGUUAAAUUAUUUGGCCAAUAACGACUCUGCUAUAGUAUCUGAAAUUGCUGGUACUACAAGAGAUGUGCUAGAUAUUCCUCUCGAUAUUGAAGGAUAUAAGGUGGUUGUGGGCGACACAGCGGGUAUUCGGCCAUUGGAGGAUGCCGAUACGAUUGAAAAGGAGGGCAUUAAAAGAGCUAAACAACGAGCUUUGGUGGGUGAUCUCGUGUUGGCAGUUCUACCUGUCGAUGAACCGAUUUCACCUGAGAUUAGGAGCCACUUGGCGUUAAUUGAACAAGCAGGACGUCCUUUUGCAGUCAUCCUCAACAAAUCUGACCUUCUCGAUGAAAACAGCGAUAAUACUGUCAUGAGAUUCUCCUCUGAAUUGAGUAUUCCUCCUCUGAGUAUCUUCUUGGUUUCUUGUGUCACAGAAGACGGAAUGAACAAAUUGAAAUCUGGACUCAUUUCCCAGUUCAAAACGAUUUCGCUCUCCGAUUCGUCUGAUCCGGUGACUCUCUCUGCUCGUGCUCAGGACCUCUUGGAAAAUGAUGUCCUUUAUGGACUUCAUCAAUUCAAAAUUUGGAAAGAUGCAGAGGAUGUAGUGCUAGCCUCGGAAUGCUUGAGACAAUCGGUGGAUGGAAUAGGAAGGAUCACUGGCCAGGCUAUUGGUGUUGAGGAGAUCUUGGGCGUAGUGUUUUCCUCUUUUUGCAUUGGUAAAUAG